CAAGAAUGAUUUGGUAGCGAAUAGUAUCUUUCAGAUGACAAUUCGAUAUGAAAGUUGGAUAAAUAAAGAGGUGUGCACGGAUCGCGGCUCGUUUAGACUUCAGCAAUUAAGACAAAAGAAUACUUUGAAAACAAAAAAGUGUUUGUGAACAAAUUAUCAAAAUUUCCGCAUCUCAGUGGCGAUAUCAUAAACAUUGCACGGAAUAAUAUAAGUAAAUAAAAGCUAUGUGCGGUGAAAAUUGCUAAUCGAAAAAUUAAAAAAAGCGACCGGGGCUGCAGCGGCGUAAGCACCCUUAUAAUCUUGUAGUUGUUUUUGUGUGUACGAACUUGGUGGCGUUGUGCAAAGAACAAAAGUUCUGAUUUUGGUGGUGAAUCUGUAAACAAAAAAAGUUCCGUUAUAUUAUUGACUUAAAAACGAGUGAAAUCAAUAAAUAUAAAGUAAAAUAAUCAACCAUAUAAAUAUCUACAACACAUUUAAUAAGGCGCGCUAAACUACUAUUCGAGCAAAACAACCGGCAACAAUUUUUUUGUUCACAUUUCCCCCCAACAAUGAAAAUACCUAGCAAAAUUUGAAAAAAAAUCCAAAAAAAGUUGAAACACGUUUACACACAAUAUUGAAAUUAAUAUAUUGUACGUAUACUACAAUACAUAUAUACUUAAAUAUACAUCCAACCUACACAAUUGUAUAAAGUGACAAACCAAAAACAAAAAAAAAAAACAAAAGAAAAAAAUUAAAAAAAAAAUUAAAAAAAAAAUCAACUAAUCAAAGUAAUCUGCAGUUAAGCUGAAAGUUCUCAUCCUCCCAGUAAACAUAUAUAAUACCACCAAUCAAUCCUACCACCACCACUCCACCACUAUUCAACUUCAAUUCGACUAAAUUCAAAGAUAGAAUUUGCAUAAAACUCAAGUCAUGCUAAACAACGCUACAAAUUGUUCGCCGCAUCCUUUACUACUACCAACACCAGAUCAUCCAAAUAUGAAUGGCUACAGUCGCAAGUCACCGUCGAAGCGUCGCUAUGAGGGCUCGAAGUAUCCGGUGUUGCCGAAGAAGAAGCCACGUACGGGCAAGGAGCGCAUACCGCAACCGAAGAACACCGUCGCCAUGCUGAAUGAGCUACGCCAUGGCUUGGUCUAUAAGCUGGAAUCGCAAACCGGUCCGGUGCAUGCACCGCUAUUCACUAUAUCCGUUGAGGUCGAUGGCCAGAAGUAUAUGGGUCAGGGACGCAGCAAGAAGAUCGCACGCAUCGAGGCCGCUGCCACGGCGCUGCGCAGUUUUAUACAAUUCAAAGAUGGCGCCGUACUAACACCACUGAAGCCGACGUGUAAUCUCGAUUUCACAAGCGAUGAGCAUCUGGAAAACGGUAUUGUGAAUUAUGAGAACAUAAGCACGGAUAAAUUAGUCCCGCUUUUAGACGCACUGUUCAGGCAUGCGAAAUUUAUUAAAAAACUGACACCCUUCAUGAGGGUAACCGAUUGUGCAUUGAGCAUGACAAAUGUAAAUAAAAGCGCCAUCACUGUAGAUGGUCAGAAGAAAGUGCCAGAUAAGGGACCUGUUAUGCUGCUCUAUGAGCUCUUCAACGAUGUGCACUUCGAUUGCUCGACUGUAGAUGGCGCGCAGAACAAUUGUCGCUUCAAAAUGACAGUAACGGUGAAUAACAGCAAAUUCGACGGCACAGGACCCUCCAAGAAGCUGGCUAAAAAUGCCGCCGCCAAAGCCGCACUCGCUUCACUGUGCAACAUCUCAUACAGCCCCAUGAUGCAUCCGCAGAAGAAUGUGCCCUUGCCCAUUGACGACAAGACCUCGUCCAUGGAGUUGCCGCAGAUACACGCCGACACCAUCGGCCGUCUGGUAUUGGAGAAAUUCAUGGAGGUCAUUAAGGGGCAGGAAUCGUAUUCGCGACGCAAGGUGCUCGCCGGCAUCGUGAUGACCGAAGACAUGAAUUUCAAUGAAGCCAAAGUAAUUUCCGUGUCCACCGGCACGAAGUGCGUGAGUGGCGAACACAUGAGCGUCACCGGCGCCGUGCUGAACGAUUCGCAUGCCGAGAUCGUGUCACGCCGUUGUCUCAUGAAAUACUUAUAUGCUCAAUUAGAACUACAAUGCAGUCAGACCACUGCAAAUCAGUCGAUUUUCGUGAGGAAUCAAGACAAUGGGCAAUACCCGUACAAACUAAAAUCCGGUGUUCAUUUCCAUUUGUACAUCAAUACAGCGCCUUGUGGUGAUGCACGGAUUUUUAGUCCUCACGAAAAUGACACUGGUGUUGACAAACAUCCAAAUAGAAAGGCGCGUGGCCAAUUGCGUACGAAAAUCGAGUCGGGUGAGGGCACCAUACCGGUCAAAAGCAAAGAAGGACUACAAACAUGGGAUGGCGUACUGCAGGGCGAACGUUUGCUCACUAUGUCCUGCUCCGAUAAGAUUGCACGCUGGAACAUCGUUGGCAUACAGGGCUCACUGCUGGCCUCGAUUAUCGAGCCGAUUUAUUUGCAUUCCAUAGUUUUGGGCAGUUUAUUGCAUCCCGAGCACAUGUAUCGUGCCGUCUGCGGUCGAAUAGAGAAAUCCAUACAAGGUCUUCCACCACCCUAUCACUUGAAUAAGCCACGCUUGGCAUUGGUCACAUCGGCUGAGCCGCGCAAUCAAGCCAAGGCACCGAAUUUCGGUAUCAAUUGGACAAUCGGUGAUAGUGAGGUGGAGGUGGUGAAUUCGCUUACCGGCAAAACGGUCAAUAACCAAAUAUCGCGCAUUACCAAGCAGAUGUACUUCAUGAAGUAUGGCUAUUUGAUGAAAAAUUUGCCCGGUAUACCGAAUCGCAAGCUCACAACCGAUUACGGGCAAACCAAGGAGAGGGUUAAGGACUACCAGAUUGCCAAGAAAGAGCUAUUUGCGGCUUUUCGUCGCGAAGAUCUCGGCAGCUGGCUGAAAAAACCAAUGGAACAAGAUCAAUUUGCGCUUCCGGAAUGACUCCAUUGUCAUCCUUUUGUUAUUAUUUAUGUUUGUUUGAGUACCGUGUGUCUGUAAGUGCGUUUGCCGUAUUAUGGAAUAGAGCUGCGCAA